AUGGCUCAUCGGACUCUUGAUUCCCUGAGUUUUGGCCAACCAAGAGCAGGUCAAAGUCACACACACCAAGUUAUCGAUGUCAAAGAAUCUUUGAAAAAACGAGAAAAUCCAAAAACGCCAGAACCGCAGUGCCACCAUGUACUCGAUUUAACGAAGUUUCUUGAAAGAACCAUCAAUGUGUCUAGUGCGGUUAUUGAUAGUGCACUUGAUCGCAAGCGUAAAGCACUUGAUUUGUUACGUAAUCGUUCCCCUUUCCCGGACAACUACAUUUUCUGGGGUUAUGGCGGGCGACCUGAGCCUCGUCCACUGUUGAGGAAUCAUGGUCAGGCCACAGAAGUAGAUCUCGCAUGGCUCUUUGCAAUCUUCAACACCAUUUUUUUCAUGAAUGCACUUCCAAGCAAUACCAGGGUCGUUCGGAGAAACAAUUUUCUCUUCGGUCAUGAGCUUAGGGUUACUCUCCUUGAAAAAAGAAUUGCAAUCUUGACUUGCGCUAUUGUCGACAACGUUCAUGCCGGGUUUGAGAGGAGAGACGAUCAUAAGUUUCAUCCUCCCAUGAUCGACGUCCCUUCUAGGCUCGUUGAUCCUUUCGGUCCCGGACACGUGGUUGUUACUUGGAAGGAUCAAGUUGGUAGUCUCUUGGGGUCAAUGAUCGAUCUCUUUAUACAGUACUACAGUUGUAGACAUGAUGAAUGCUGGAAUAAUAAAUACACUCAUGGUAAAGAUCACAGAGGACAAGCGUGGCAAGUUAUCGCAUACCGUUUCGAAACAUCCCCAACAAUGAAACAAACCCAAGAGGCAUUGGGAAGUCCUAUAGAUUUGCAAAGAAUGGAAGAUUAUCAUUUGGAUUUGAAUCAUUGGAGUUUAAGAGAGCUUGGCAGCCUUGAGAGUAACUUACUCCGCAGCAGGAUUGAGACGUGGGGCUGGGCACCGGACAGUCAACUGUCGUGUGUAAGAGCUGUUCAAGAGUGGAAACGAAGCCAGGCCAGAGAGAAAGAAAGGCGGGCUAUGGCCAGAGAGAAAGAAAGGCGGGCUAUGGCCAGAGAGGAAGAAAGACUGGCUGUGGCCAGAGAGGAAGAAAGACGGGAAAGAAGAAGGCGGGCUGCGGCCAGAUUCACAGAACGGCGGGCUAGACAUCGUUAUGAAAGAUGA